GCCAUAUCGAGCUUCCGAAAAUGCCCUCAGUGGUCAAGGGAAAUCUCGUCCAAGUCCUUCGUUUCGAUCUCGAGCCCUCCUUGUCGGGUUCGGACCCGAUCCUUCAGCUCGAUUCGGUCCGCAUUGCAGGAGCCUGCAUUGCAAUCUAAAGUCACUCAAAAAGUGUAUUUUGAUAUUAGCAUUGGAAACCCUGUGGGUAGUCCAGUUGGUAGGAUCGUUAUAGGGCUUUUUGGGGAUGAUGUGCCACAAACUGCAGAAAACUUUCGAGCUCUUUGUACAGGGGAGAAAGGCUUUGGGUACAAAGGGUCAGCAUUCCAUCGUGUCAUCAAAGAAUUCAUGAUCCAAGGGGGAGACUUUGACAAGGGAAAUGGAACCGGAGGUAAAAGCAUAUAUGGACGUACAUUCAAGGAUGAGAACUUCAAGUUGGUGCAUGUGGGACCUGGAGUUGUUAGUAUGGCAAAUGCAGGACCUAACACUAAUGGAAGCCAGUUCUUCAUUUGCACUGUCAAGACCCCAUGGUUGGAUCAGAGGCACGUCGUAUUUGGGCAGGUAAUGGAGGGGAUGGAUGUCGUCAAGCUGAUUGAAUCUCAAGAGACAGACCGAGGCGACCGCCCUAAGAAGAAGGUUGUCAUCAGCGACUGUGGCGAGCUUCCACUGGUCUGAUGGCAGCAAGAGAAUGGACUAUGUAUCCAUUUAGGUUAUACCUCUCUUUUUGUUAUAGAGCAAUGCGGAGGCUGUUGUCUGUGUCGCGGACUGAAAUGAUCACGAGCUAGAUUUUGAUUAAUAUCUGAACUUUGUGAUGCUCUUGGAGGUAAUUCGGGGAUCUAUUUUGACAUGACGAUGUAGCAACUACUAUUAAGUAGAAUGGAAAUAAUGACUAGUUGAGUACGGAGAAUAUUAUGAUGGAGCUU